AAAACAACGAGAGAAGAAAAAAAACCGGCAGUCGAAGCCCAACAGUAGAAGGGUAAAAACAUGGCAGCGAGCAUCAGUUGUAUAAAGCACGCAAAGUCGUGCGUUAAACCCUCGCUGUUCUUCACCGUCCAGCGGCAGACGUCCCCGGCCGGUGCAUGUGCUCGGCGGGCGGCGGAAAUUCGGAGUGUGAGAGCCGCUGCCAGCGCCACUGCGGACGUACAGCACAACGAGAGGUUCUGCUUGGAGCUGGUCAGGUCCAGGGACUACGAGGGCUUCGUGUGCUCCCUCCUGCUGCCGGAGGCGGCACGACGCUCUGCCCUGGCUUUGAGAGCCUUCAAUGUGGAGCUAGCGCAGGCAGGUGAAGGACUCUGUUUCUCAGAAGUCUCUCGGUCUGAUGCGAAUGCAGUUCUGGAAGACGGCCAUAGAAGACAUCUACAGAGACAAACCACCCAACCAGCCAGUCAGCGGCGAGCUGUGGAGGAUUUUGUUUCGCAGGCGGUGAAGAAGCAUAACCUGACCAAGAGAUGGCUGACCAGAAUCAUAGCAGAAAGAGAAAAGGAUCUGGAUGACAGAGGUUACCGGAAUCUGCAGGAGCUGGAGUCAUACGCCGAGAACGCGCAGUCUCCACUCUUGUACCUGCUGCUCGAGUCUUUAGGUGUGAAGGACGUCCACGCAGAUCACGCGGCGAGUCACGUCGGCAAGGCGCACGGCAUCGUGACGUGUCUGAGGGCGACCCCUCAUCACAGCGGCCGGCGCAGAGUCUACCUGCCCUUGGACAUCUGCAUGCUGCACGGAGUUUCACAGGAGGACUUCAUCCGCCGGAGCCGGGAGCAGGACGUCCGGGACGUGGUGUACGACAUAGCCAGUCAGGCUCACGUUCAUCUUCAAAACGCACGUUCGUUUGGCCCCCGCGUCCCGGCAGCUGCGAUGCCGGCCUUCCUCCACACGCUUGUCGAAGGCCCCAGUUCCGGCUGAAGAAAAACAGCCUACAAAUAUUUAUCAUAUGUCAAACUACAACCACUAAAAUACAUUUUCAAUCAAAACUGUGUGUUUAUUAUCUUUGUAAAGACAGAUUUACAUUUAGUUCUUGCAUUUUCUGCAUGUUUCGUGAAUUAUAUCGAUUUUUGGGAGGAAAUAGAGACUUGAAAACAUUUUUAAUAUAGCCAACAUUAGAACUGAGCAUUAUUGUCUUUGUUUCUAAAUGUUAUAAUCAGCAAUAAAAUAUUGAAAUGAAUGUCUUUCUGU